AUUUGUUCCACUUGCAAUGGCGGGUCCAAAUGCAAUGCUUGGAGCAGCUCAAAGUCAACACCUCGCUCCUCCUCCCUAUGCGCGUACGCGCGCCCGUCCCAUGGCGGCGCCUCCUCCUCCUCCCCUCCUCUUCCUCCUCCUCCUCCUGUCGCUCGCCGUGGCCGCUGCGGCGCGCAUCGUGCCGGUGGAGUACCUCUACCCGCCUUUCAACCUCACCUACUUCCACUUCAUCGACACCAACGGCGUCUUCCUCCUCUCCCCCAACGCCAACUUCUCCGCCGCCGUCUACAACGCCGGCUCCAUCUCAGGCGACUCCCAGUCCCGCUUCUUCUUCUCCGUCCUCCACAGCGCUUCCCGCACCCCCGUCUGGACUGCCACCGCCGCCGGCUCCACCAUCCUCGAGUCCGUCGUCCUCUCCCUCUCCGCCACCGGCCUCACUCUCUUCGAUCCGUCCGCCGCCCAACCGGAACCUGCCUGGUCCACGCCGCACCUCCGCCAACCCGUCGCCGCGCUCCAACUCCUCGACACCGGUGAGCUCGCUCUCAUCGACGACGAGAACACCACGCUCUGGUCCUCCUUCGAGCGCCCCACCGACACGCUGCUCCCGGGCCAGGCGCUCCCCCUCGCCGUGCCGCUCACGUCCUCGGCGUCGGACCAAGACCUCUCCCCCGGCGCCUACCGCCUCCUCCUCACCCCCAACGACGCGUUCCUUCAGUGGGCCACGGCGUCCAACGCCUCCUCUGGCUUCCUCACCUACUGGGCGCUCUCCUCCGAUCCCGCCGCCGUCCAGGACUCCAACCACGCCGUCGCCUCCAUGGCCGUCAACGCCUCCGGCCUCUACCUCCUCGCCGCCAACGGCAGGGACACCGUCUACAGGCUGAUCUUCCCCUCGCCGCCGGCGCCCUUGAAAGCCGAGUCUCGCCUCCUCAAGGUCGACCCUUCCGGCCGCCUGCGCGCGCUCACCCUGACUGCGGGGGCAAGCCUCUCUACAGUCUGGGCCGCGCCGGCCAACGACUGCGACCUCCCGCUGCCGUGCCGGUCCCUCAGCCUCUGCACGCCGGGCGGCAACGGCUCCACGUGUUCGUGCCCCGACGCCUUCAGUACCUACUCCAGCGGUGGCUGCGCGCCGGCCGAUGGCUCCGCGCUGUCCAUCAUCCCCGACACCUGCGUCGCCGGCAAACAAGUUCGCUACAGCUACGUGAGCCUCGGCGACGGGAUCGGAUACUUGCCCAACAAGUUCUCCCUGCCCGACACCUCCGGCGACGCGCUGCCGGCGUGUCGCGACCUAUGCUCAGCCAACUGCUCCUGCCUCGGCUUCUUCUACAAGAACUCCUCCAGCUCCUGCUUCCUCCUGAACAACCAGAUUGGCUCCGUCUUCCGCGCCAACACCGACGUCGCCGUCGGCUUCAUCAAGACGCUCCCACCGCCGCCGCACUCCAAAGGCUCGUCGUCCUUGAGCUUCAUAACCAUUGUGUUCGGCAUCGUGCUCCCCACGGUGGCGGUCGUGCUCAUCUCCUUCUUGUUGUACGCGAUGAGGGCUCAGUGGCUGAAGAGGCGGCGGCCGCAGCUCAAGAGCGGCGGCAGCGGAUCGAAAAGCAGCUGGUUCAAGCUGCCAGCGAUGCUGUCGUCGCGGGCGUCCCCCAUCCCGUCGGCCAUCGAGGUCGCCGCGAGCGGCGACCUCGAUGAGGAUGUCCUCAUCCCCGGCCUGCCGACCCGGUUCACGUACAGCGAUCUCGACGCCGCGACCGACGGCUUCAAGUGGCAGAUUGGCGCGGGCGGCUUCGGUUCCGUGUACAGAGGCGAGCUCCCCGACCGGAGCACCGUCGCCGUGAAGCGGAUGAACGGCCUGGGCACGCAGGGCCGGCGUGAGUUCCUGACGGAGAUCGCCGUGAUCGGCAAUGUCCACCACGUCAACCUGGUGAAGCUGCGCGGGUUCUGCGCCGAGGGCGCGCGGCAGCUGCUGGUGUACGAGUACAUGAGCCGGGGCUCCCUCGACCAGAGCCUCUUCCGCGCAGGCGCCGCCACGCUCGAUUGGCCGGCCCGUCUCCACGUCUGCAUCGGUGCGGCGCGCGGGCUGGCGUACCUCCACGUUGGCUGCGACCGCAAGAUCCUUCACUGUGACGUGAAGCCGGAGAACAUCCUCCUGGACGACCGCGGCGGCGUGAAGAUCGCUGACUUCGGGCUGGCGAAGCUGAUGAGCCCGGAGCAGUCGGGGCUGUUCACGACGAUGCGCGGCACGCGCGGGUACCUGGCGCCGGAGUGGCUGAUGAACGCGCCCAUCACUGACAAGGCCGACGUGUACAGCUUCGGCAUGGUGCUGCUGGAGAUCGUGCGCGGGAGGAAGAACUCCAAGAGGGACGCGGCCAGCGCCACGUCGUUGGAGGGCAGCGGCGCAGGGCUCGAGCGGAGCAGCUACUUCCCGGCGUUAGCGCUGGACCUGCACGACCAAGGGCGGUACGGUGAGCUCGUGGACCCGAGGCUGGAGGGGCGGGCGAACGUCGAGGAGGUAUCGCGGGUGGUGCGGGUGGCGCUCUGCUGCCUCCACGAGGACGCCGUGCUGCGGCCGAACAUGACGGCCGUGGCCGCCAUGCUCGACGGCAGCAUGGACGUUGGCAAGCCCCGGACGGAGAUCCUUCAGUACCUCAAGAUGUACGGCCGCGGUCUCGUCGACCUGCGGCCAGUCGGGUGGAUGGACGGAGGGAAGGGCAAGGGGAAAGCCUCAGACACCACCGGGAGCUGGUCGCUGCCGUCGUGCGUGUCGGCGCAGCAGCUGUCGGGUCCCAGAUGACACAAUGUGCUAUACUUCCCCAGUAUGAUUUUUGUUCCCAUUGGGAAAUUUUUAUUAAUUGUAUACAUCUUUCUUAACAAUAUUUCUCUUAAAAAUAUAAAAGAGGAUCCAUAACUUAUUUUCAGAAUCUUGGCAUUUGAAUUGCCUCGAGCUACAUGUAAAGCCAGACCUAAUUUUUUGAGAAAGAAAUAGGCCUUUGAGCCAGCCAAUCAUACUCCCAUUGGGCAAAAUAGAAUAA